AUGAGCAAUCUAUCUCCUUUUGGCGGCGGCAAGAACCCACCUUGGGUCCGUAAUGCAGGACAAGGUAUACAAAAUAUCCAGCAGCCAAUGCUUGGACAAGCCAUGGGCAGUAUCGGAGGACAACCUAUGGUGCAGUAUCAACAACAAACCCAACAGGUUUACCAACAAAGUCUAGGACUGCAACAGCCCAAUAUCACCAUGGCAUCAAUGGCUACCCUUGGCUCAAAUUUACCAUCUGGUAUGCCUGGUCAGCUAUACCCACAAGUUGCCACAGUUUCUUAUCCAACGCCGCGAGCAUUGAACACAAAUGCUUUUCAACCUUCCGUAGCCGGUGUCCCGCAGCAGGUGCAACAGAAUGUAUCCUCGUCGUCUACAAAGCAGAGAGUUUUCACAGGCACAGUUACCAGAGUACAUGACAAUUUUGGCUUUGUUGAUGAAGAUGUAUUUUUUCAAACUAGUGCUUGUGUGAAAGGUUCUAAUCCUGUGGUGGGAGAUCGUGUACUUGUGGAAGCAUCUUAUAAUCCUUCUAUGCCAUUCAAAUGGAUUGCUACUAGAAUACAAGUGCUCGCUAUGGGUAAUAAUAGCAACAGUGCAAACACUCAACAAACUAAUCAACCAAAUCGUCAACAACAACAACAACAACAGCAGCAGCAGCCGAAUAAGACAUCGGGCACUUACAAUGCUGUACCUCCACCGACUGAAAAUCCUAAUAAUAGUAGGUUUACGACAAGUACAACAAAUUCCAACACUACCAGCAACCGUAACAAAGUCGGUAGAGUAAGAGAGAGGUCUCCUCGCGAACGGAGAAACGACGAUGAAGAUAUUGAGAGAAAGCGACGUCGCGAGGAAAGAAUUAGAGAACGCGAGAAGAAGGAGGACCGAAGUCCGUCAAGGACGCGAAGAAGCAAAUCUCCUAGACCUCGUCGUCGUACGAGGGUCGUACCACGUUACAUGGUGCAAAUACCGAAAAUAGCGCUUGACCUGCCUGAAGCAGAUGUUCUUGAAAUUAGAAGACGCUAUCAAAAUAUGUACAUUCCUAGCGACUUCUUUUCCACUAACUUCAGAUGGGUCGAUGCCUUUCCACCACAUAUGCCAUUUACACUUAAUAAACCAUGCUCUUUCCAUGUUAUGCAUAAAGACGUCGAUCCCUGUAAUGAAAAUACAGCAGUACUAGAACCUUCGGAUGCUGAUUAUCUAUUCUCUGCAAAGGUCAUGCUCAUAUCUAUGCCAGCUAUGGAAGAAAUAUACAAAAGGUGUUGUGGCGUUUCCGAAGACAGAGAUCCUGAUCGCGAUUACGUUCAUCCUACGCGUCUUAUAAAUUUCUUAGUAGGCUUACGGGGAAAAAAUGAGACAAUGGCUAUAGGCGGUCCAUGGAGUCCCUCUUUAGACGGACCUAAUCCUGAAAAGGAUCCCUCUGUAUUGAUUCGGACGGCUGUGAGGACCUGUAAAGCGCUUACCGGCAUAGAUUUAUCCAGCUGCACACAGUGGUACCGCUUCCUGGAACUCUACUACAGACGCGCAGAAACGACCCACAAGUCCGGGCGAGUGGUACCGUCUCGCGUUGAAACCGUCAUACUAUUUCUCCCAGAUGUUUGGAGCUGUGUGCCUACCAGAUUGGAAUGGGACGGGUUGCAACUCAACUAUAAGAGACAACUGGAACGAAAGUUGCUGCGUGCCGCCUCUAACUCCGACGAUUUGGAUGCCGCCAAUGAGACUGAUGAGGCUGCCGUCGCUGAUCAAAAGGAUGAUUCUAUGACCGAGAAGAAGGAUCCUACGCACUAUUCUGAAUUAGAUCCAAAAUCAAUGAAUGUGAACGAUUUACGUCAAGAACUGGUGGCUCGCAAUUUGAGUUCGAAAGGCCUGAAAUCACAAUUAUUAGCCAGACUUCUAAAAGCUAUAAAGUCGGAGCAAGCCAAAGAAGAAGGACGGCAAGAUGAGGCGGACGAAAAUGAAGAAGACGUCUCACCACCGUCGAAGGAAGAAGAUGAUAAAAAGUUCCGAGACAGUAAAGACCAUGAUGAAGACAAGAGAAAACUUUACGAACGUGAACGGGCUGUGCUCGAGAAAAGAUAUACUUUACCUGAUUCAUCGCACAUUGUUGUUCAUCCCUCUAGAAUGGCCAAGAGUGGAAAAUUCGAUUGUACAGUUAUGUCUUUGAGCGUAUUGUUGGACUACAGACCAGAAGAUACCAAGGAACAUUCUUUCGAAGUAUCUCUCUUUGCCGAAUUAUUCAACGAAAUGUUAACGCGAGAUUUCGGUUUUCGCAUAUAUCGUGCGUUGUGCAGUCUUCCUGAAAAAACUAAAGAAAAAGACGAAGACAAAAAGAAGGAUAAAAAAGAUGAUAAGAGAGAUGAGAAGAAAGACGAUAAGAGAAAAGAAGAUGAGAAAAAAUCCAGUAAGAAAGAUGAGAAACGGGAUGACAAGAAGAGAGAGGAGAUUAAGGAUAAAAAGGAUGAUAAGGACGCAAAAAGUAAGAUAGAAGACAAGGAUAGAGACAAAGACAAAAACGAUGAUGAAGAGGAGGAUGAAGACGACGAGUCGGACGAUGAUGAUUCUAUGAAAGAUGGUAAAAAGGACAGAGACAAAGACGGGAAAAAGAGGAAAACAAAACUAUAUACGCACGAUCCUUAUCUUCUGCUAUCAUUUGUAUACUUCGAUCAGACACACUGUGGAUAUAUAUUCGAUAAAGACAUUGAGGAACUUAUUUAUACACUGGGAUUGAACUUAUCAAGAGCUCAAGUACGGAAGUUAGUACAAAAGGUUGUUACGAGAGAUUCUUUGCAUUAUCGCAAGUUAACGGACAAGUCGAAGGAAGACGAUUCAAAAGAUGAGAAGAAAGACGACAAAGAGGAUAGAAACGAAACAGCUAAAGCGGAGAACGAGGAAGAUAUAUUACGUUCUCUUGCUCUCGGAAAUAAAAAAUUGUUGCCUGUAUUUGUUGGAAGCGGACCGGUUUCAAAAAGAGCGCGUAGAGAAGAUUGCAUUUUAGAGAAAACCGACGAGGAAAUGACUCCGGAAGGCAUUGUUACGUACAAAGGCUCCUUGUUAGAUGUAGAGAAGCUUGUAAGUCAAUUGAAAAGAUCUGAGAAAGCGCGUUUAGACACGGAGGAUCGCAUGAUGGAGCUACAGCACGAGUUGAACGUAGUCAAUGAGAAAUCUACGAAACAAACUAGUAGUAUUAAAGGUCUUACGGAAGAUUUGAAGAUGUACAAAGAUAAACUGCGAAACACGGAAGAAAAAUUUAAGAAAGUCUCUACUGAAUGUCAUACUUACUUGACUGCAGUGAAGAAUAUGUAUCACAUAGCGGCAAAGAUGAUGCAGGGCGAUGCGAGGAAGGUGGAAGUGGUAGAAAUACAAGAUGAAAAAGUCGGAGAGAUAAAUGGCUCUGAAUUGGAGAGCAAAUUCAAAACCGACACCAGAUGGGGAGACAACAAGAUUCAGGUGAAAAAAGAUCCAGCGGAGAUGGAAAAGGAUAAGAAAUCUGACAAUAAAAUUUCUGUCAAAAAAGAAAUCGCCGAAAUGGACAAAGAAAAGAAAUAGAUACCAUUAUCUAUUUAUUAUAGUAUAGAGAAUGCACACCAACAUAAGAUUUUAAUCUUUGUUUCUCACGCUCGCACGUGUGCGUGCACGCGUUCUUAGUAAUUAAAAGUCUUAAAAGAAAAACGAAAAAAGAAGAAAUUAACAAAUCAGAUGAAAUCGGCAAACAAUUUAAGCGACACGAAAGUACGUGAUCAAGACUCCAUUUUGUAACUUUUUUCACUCAGUGAUAACGUGUGAUGAUUGCAUCUUUAAUUAUUAAUAAGAGUUUAGCACUUGAAAUCAUGCUUAGACAAGUAACCGAUAACAGUUCACGUAAUGGUUAGAGUAUCUCCCUACGUUGCAGUUUUUCGCGUCACUUGUCGAACUUUUCAUGAAAAGACAAAUUCAAUCACAAUAACCUAGAAGUACCAUCAAUCUGCCAUUAAGUGCCAGAUACUGAUAAACCGGCGUUUAUCACUACUAGUAAGUUCGGAAAUAUGUUAACAUCUCUUAAAGAUAAAGAUUUUUACUGAAAAUACAAGCAGCGCGAAUAUUAAAUGUUUGCGCCUCCGUCGUUACGCAAAUAAAGUUCUUAGACAAAAAUUUGUUCCAUAUGAGAACUGUUUUGAAGCUGCUUUGAAGCUGCUUUGCAUGCUUUAAAGAUAAGUUAUGAUUAAUGUUAUAUUAUUUACUAAGAAAUUACAUUCUUGUUAUAUCGACUGUAACGGUUGUUUUUCAGUGCUAAGUAUGUGUUUUUUUCAAUGAAAGUUCUUUCUUAUAGACCGAUAGUUUUAGUUGAUCUUAUAAAAUACAUAAUUUGCGAAAUAAACAUGUAACACAAUAAAUGUGAUGCCAAUGAUAAAAUUAUAUUAAUAUUUGAUUUCAAGAGGAUACUGUAUCGAAUAUUUUUAAUCGAGUUUGCAGAACUCGAAAACUUUUUUCAUAUCAUUGCUGACGACUUUAUAACAUGGACGAUGCAGUGUCCGAGAACUAUUUCUUAAACACGUUUAACUACAGAUCGAACAUAUAUAUAAAAUAAAAACAGAAGAAUGUAUAUUGAAGACAUUCUCUAAAAUUUCCAUCGAGAAUAACAAGAAAUUAUAUUUGUCACAGAACAGCAAUAAAAUUGUUUCUUUUAUGCAUUAGAGGUUGGAAAAAGAUGUACAGUUUUAAAAUAAUAUGAACCUGAAUGUUUCAUUUUGGUAUAGCAAAAAUUAUAGCCUAAUCUAAUAGAAGUGCGACAAAAUCACAUCCUUUAAGUAAACUGUAUCGCUCAUUGUAUGUAUGUCCACCGCGAGUGUCACACCUAUACAAAAGAAGGAUUACUACAAAAUCGUGUUCUCGAGUGCGAACGAUCAUAAUGUGAUCGCGCGUUCUAUUACCCAAACUUACAACUCACGAUGCCAAGAAUACUAUUUUGUAUAUAGUCAUCUAUUACAUGUAGAAAUUUUUGUAGUUUGUAAUAGAAGAUCGCGUUUUCUCGUAAAAAAAAGAAAAUAUAUACAAAAGGAAAAAUAAUAUGAUAACGAUAAUAAGAGAAUAAGAUCAUAAAAAUGCGCAAUCGGUUUCAACUUUGUGUACGCCAAUGUUUUAAGUUUCUGCCGAAAAACUGUAAUUAUUUCCAUGAACAAAUGGUAGUCAAAAGUACAAGGAUAACAAUAAAUUGUUUAGACAGUAUUCGUUA